CAUUCACCGUGCCGCACCCCCUUCUAUUUUCCUCUCACUACUUAAACCCCCCCUCCUGUCGUCACUCUUUCUUCCAUAUCCAAAACUUCCCUUAAACCCUUCCUUUCAUUCCUUCUACCUCCUCUUCAUUAUUAUCUUUCCUUUAAGCUUUUGCAAUUAAUUUCUUUGCUUUCAAAGAGAUGUGUGGUGGUGCUAUCAUUUCUGAAUUCAUCACCCGGAAAGGCGCCCAUGGCGUCACUGCUUCUGACAUCUGGCCCAAUUCCCCUUUCGUCAAAAAUGGCUUUAGCUCUGACUCAACUCAAUCCUUCCAUGAUGACUCACUCGCCCUCUGUAAAAGGCACCGACCCCAAUCCUCAGAUGGGGUGCAAGUGGAGAAGAAAGUGAAAAGGCAGAGAAAAAACCUAUACAGGGGCAUACGCCAGCGUCCAUGGGGCAAAUGGGCGGCGGAGAUCCGUGACCCGAGGAAAGGAGUUCGUGUUUGGCUCGGCACUUUCAACACUGCCGAGGAAGCAGCCCGUGCCUACGACAGGGAAGCUCGCAAAAUCCGUGGCAAGAAAGCCAAAGUCAAUUUCCCCAACGAAGACGACGCUUUCUCCACCCAAUACAACCCUCAAAUCAACAACUCAACCACUGCCUGGAAUUUCACCCACCCUUCAAAUCCUCCCAUUUAUCAACAUCCCCAAAUCAAUAAUGGAUUCCAUUAUGGUUGGAACGAUCUUGGUGGUUUCGCAACUGACCCAAUUGUUGUAUCUGAAGAGGAAAGUUCAGGGUCCGGCGAUCAGAAUACGAAUUUAUUUUACCUCCCAGUGAAACCCGAAGAACAACAGGAAGGAGAGGCAGUGAAUAAAUCGGCCAUUUUUGAAGUUCAAGAAGAAGAAAACCAAGCGCAGAAACUAUCGGAGGAACUAAUAGCGUACGAGAAUUACAUGAAAUUCUUUCAGAUCCCAUAUCUGGAUGGGCAAUCGCCGAUGACCCAAAAUGCCGUGGCUCAGCAAGAGAGUGUCUUCGGUGAACUUUGGAACUUUCUUGAUGAUGGCGUCGCUGUUCCUCCGACAUCAAUGCCAAUGUGAUGACAUGGUUGGUUUUGGUUCCCCCCUUUUUUUUUCUUUUCAAUUUGAAGUUGAAAAGUUGAAGUGCAAUUCAGUGGGAAUUGAUGAUUUCCAGUCAUUAAUUCUUUAUUUUCCCUUAAUGAUGUAAGUUUAAUGGUGUUAAUUAGGAUUAGAUGAACUUCCAUUUAGUUGUCAACUUUGUUUGUUUGUGUUGAAAUUUGUGAAAUACUACUACUAUUGUACUUAAUUUUAUUGAAUUAAUUUUAAAUCCAAUAAAUUUAUAAAUAAAAUAAACAAAUUUUAAUUACCAAAA